AUGAGGACGUCACGCCUCUCAAAGGAGACUUCCGCCAUCUUCAAAGCCAGCACCUCGCCGCCCCCGACGCGCCGGACGACGCGCUCCUCCCUCGCCCGGUUCGCCUACACGACCGACUCCUCGGCGCCCGACACCACUCUCCAGAACAUCGUUCUCGGCAACGACAUCGAAGAUGCCGUCACGAGCCCGCCUCUCAAGAAACGGAGGAGGGUCGCGGCGGCGGACGACGUUCCGAGCGCCGCCGUCAAGGUCGAGACCGAAGCAGCCGAGGUCACGUCCACGAAACCUACAAAGCCCAAGAGGGAGAGGAAGCCAGCGCGCGUGAUCAAGGGCGAGGACAUCCGCGUGGAGCCGCCCUCUGACUGGGAGGAGAUGUACAACCAGGUCAAGGAGAUGCGUCUCCACGGCGCGGCGAAGGACGCGGCCGUGGACACGAUGGGCUGCGAGAGACUGUUCCAUCCCGACGCUUCCGAGCGGGAUAGGCGGUUUCACAUCCUCAUUGCGCUGAUGCUUUCGAGCCAGACCAAGGACACGGUGAAUGCCGUGGCGAUGAAGAGGUUGAUGACGGAGCUGCCUCCGCAUAAAGAAGGCGCGGAGGGUGGUUUGUGCCUGGAAAACAUCUUGGCUGUGGAACCGGACAAGUUGAACGAGCUGAUCUGGGCGGUUGGCUUUCACAAUAACAAGACCAAGUAUAUCAAAGCCGCGGCCGAGAUCCUUCGCGAUAAGUUCGACGGCGACGUUCCCGACACCAUAGAGGGAUUGACAUCUCUACCGGGCGUAGGUCCGAAGAUGGGAUAUCUGUGUCUCUCGGCGGCGUGGGACAAGACGGAGGGUAUUGGCGUGGACGUCCACGUGCACCGCAUUACCAACCUCUGGGGCUGGCACAAGACAACGCAGCCUGAAGGGACGAGAAUGGCAUUGCAGAGUUGGCUCCCGAAUGACAAAUGGCGUGAAAUCAACUGGCUGCUUGUCGGCCUCGGACAGACUGUUUGCUUGCCCGUCGGGAGAAAGUGCGGAGAUUGCCAGCUCGGAUUGAAGGGCUUGUGUAAGGCGGCGGAGAGGAAGAAGGUAACCGAGGGUCGCAAAGCGAGGGAGGUUAAGGUCGAAGUCGGAGACGAUACAGUCAUCAAGACGGAGGAGAUUGUCGAAGAAGUCGUGAAGAAGGAGGUCGUAGAACCGACAGGCGUGCCGGUGCCGGAGGUAGCGCCGGAAGCGAGUGAGCUGGUCGGAGCGGGAGCACCGAAAAGGAGGCGCGGAAAAGUAGCUUGA